CCCAGCACCGCCCAGAGCUGCUGCCCGCCUGGGCCAGCCGAGGGAGGCGCGGGCCGUGGGAGCGGUUGCAUGGCGGCGGGGGGCAGCGCUGGCGGCGGUCUGCUGCCCUUCCUGCGGCUGCUGGGGCAGCUCAAGAGAAUACCACGGACUGGAUGGGUGUACAGGAACGUGGCAAAGCCAGAGAGUGUGUCCGACCAUAUGUACAGAAUGGCGAUGAUGGCUUUGGUGACUGAAGACAAAAGCCUUAACAAGGACAGAUGCAUACGAUUAGCUUUGGUCCACGAUAUGGCUGAAUGCAUUGUUGGAGACAUUGCUCCUGCAGAUAAUAUCUCAAAGGGGGAGAAACACAGGAGAGAAGAGGCAGCUAUGCAACAACUGACCCAGCUUCUGUCAGAGGAGCUCAGAAAAGAAAUCUAUGAACUCUGGGAAGAAUAUGAAAACCAGCAUACUGCAGAGGCCAAGUUUGUAAAGCAGUUGGAUCAGUGCGAGAUGAUACUGCAAGCAUUUGAAUAUGAAGAGUUGGAAAACACACCUGGCAGACUGCAGGAUUUUUACGAUUCGACUGCUGGGAAGUUUGUUCACCCUGAAAUACUCCAGCUUGUAUCUCUGAUCAACACAGAAAGGAAUAAAAAAAUAGCUGCUGCAUCUCCUCCACAUUCCUGAGGUGCUCCUAAAUACUAUAGCUAUAAUAAAUACUUUGUUUUGUAUUCCA